CCAAGGGCGUUAAUUCCACCCCCUUUUGUCUCCGGCCUCCCAAACGCGAAAGUCCUGGCUGGCGGGCUUGACGUAGUCCCGCCUGCUUCGGCUCCUGACGAGCAGCCGAGAAAGAGGAGGAGGAGGAGGAGGGAAAGGACGGCAGCCCCGCCUCGACAGGGAGGGAAGGAGGGGUGGCAACCAGAGGGAUCAUCGCGGGGUGUCCUCUCCGCCGAGCCCUGGGCCAAAGGGCCUCUUCCUGGAGCGGAAGAUGAGUGCGGACGCGCUGCCGCUGGACUGCCUCCUCCACCUCUUCGCCUGCCUGGAGGUGCCGGACCUGCUCCGGGCCGCCCAAGUCAGCAAGACAUGGAACGAAGCAUCAGAGACCACUUCUCUUUGGAGAAAUUUGUGUCUAAGACGGUGGGCCUUCUGCAAUAUCUCUGUGAUCCCAGGAAUGCAGACCUGGAAAAAGUACUACCUCCACCGAUCAAACCUUGAGCAUAAGAUGGAAUCAGGACGGCCUUCAGUUGACUAUACAUGCAAAGCUAUUAGAGGACAUAAAGGAGUAAUAAAUGCCAUGGCUUAUCUAUCAGAGAAUGAACACACCUUUGCAACAGGGAAGGUGAAGUCUAUUGUAUGUACUGCAUCUUCUGAUGGCACUAUCAGAGCAUGGGAUGUCCAAGAGGGCACACAGAUCUGGUCAAGUCCACAACAGGAAGCUCCACUACUAAAUAUUAUCACAUUUCCUCUGCAUAAAUUGGCAGCUACCACAGACUCUCGGGGGACAGUGAAACUCUGGCAUGGAGACACAGGGGAAGAGCUUGCAGCAUUUUCAGUGUCAUCCUCCUCGUGCUCUGUGGUUGGCUACACAAUAAACAAUAAGCCAUUCCUAACGGUAGGCACUGGAGAAGGUGUACUGUACCAGUUGGCAGCUUCUGACCUAAGCCAGGUUUUACGCACAAAAGUGUUUCACGCUGGUGGCAUAGAGUUGUCACUCUGCUCACCAGAUGGGCAAUGGAUAAUUGUUUGUCCUACUGAUCCUGCUUAUUCGCCAAAGGUAUUCUACACACAUUGUGUAACUCACCCAGAUGAUGAUGAACUGAUGUUGUCUAGCCCCUUACCAGUCACAGACCAUCGUCUUGUUACCUGCUGGUUACCAGCAGAACCAGCAAGAAUAGCCAUAAUGCAUAAUGAUGAGAUUAAUUUUCGCAUUGUUUGCUUUGAUAUAGCCAUUGAGAAGAAGUCCAGAUACAAAAGAAACAUUACAGCUCAACAAGUUGCAAGCUUCACGUUACCAACACAAGAACCAUGGAUGACUGAGAAGAUCAUGAAAGGAUUUGGCAAACAAACUAUUCUUAUAGCAGCUGGAUUGGAGCUGAAAUUAUACUCUCUGAUGGGGACUGAAUUAAUGGCUUUCAAGGAUCACUAUAAAAUUAUUACAUCAAUCUGGGUGGAUCCUUUUCAUGUUGUCACGUCGUCCAUGGACCUCUCACUCCGCGUGUACUCCUGGAAAAAUGACAAGAAAUCCUCCUUGUUGAUUAGUUGCUAUCAUUUACUAGGUGGUUCUCACAGAUGGUCAAGUGGCUUCAGAAAUGUGGCUUGUGACGAUGUGAGCAUUGUUGGCGUUGUGGCUGGAACUGAUGGCACCGACAUUUUAAGAGCAUACUCCUUUAAUCUUUGAGAUACUUCUUUUAUGUUCCCAUGUUAUCUUUCUUCUUUUGUAAAUAAAGUGAAUCCCUGGGAUCUGCAUGUUUCAGUGGUAUGCAUCUAUGUUCAUAUCUUAUAAAACAUUUCAUAUCAUCUGAAAAUAAGAGCAUGCACAGAAACUCAAGCUUUGUAAUCAUUUGCACUGAUACUGGCAAUAAACCUUAUAUGAUGGUCA